AACCAUCUUCCGGUGAGAAAAUGUUUCGUAUGCGAAGAGAAGGCUUGCAAUAAUAAAUAUUUUUCCAUCACAUAUUCAUGCACGAUGUCCCGCCACAGGGCUGUGCGUGGCAUGAACCUAGAUGAUGAGUACGAUGAUGAUGACGAGUACUAUGGCCAGUCUGUGGAGGACAACUUCUGUAUCUCCCCAGGGACAGCUGCUCAGUUCACAUUCAACCGCGGCCAGACCACGUUUGCCACGUACAUGGGCGGAGAUGAUGAGGUGGAGGGGGUGGAGAGUGACGACGACACUGGCCACCAGGGGGCGUCAUCAGGACAGACAGACAAGAAACUGAAUGAUGUUGAUCGAGCUAAACUAAACAGCUGUUUGGAGGAGGUCCAUAACAUACUGGGGGAGUCUCGCCCUGACUCAGUGUACACGGAGAUCAUCAUCAAACACAAGUUCAACCUGCAGGCUUCGCUGGAUGAGCUGCUGUCAAAGAAAGAAGCACCCAAGCCUCAGAGAGCACCACGACAAAAUCGACGGAACAAAUCUCAAGGCAUCACAAGUACAGAUGUACCCAUCCUGAAAGAUCCACCAUCAUUUUUCAAAUCCCAGAAUUCCAUUGGAAGUGCAACAAAUUCAAUUUCGAAGGUAACUGUCACUCCCAAGAAGGAACCUGUUAGAGGUUUUGAACCUGUGGUUGCCACGUCAACCAAGAGUGAUGACAGACUUGCCCCCCAGGUGGCCACAAGCUGUGAUAAUGUGACUGGUGGCCAGGGCGGAGCCGCGGCGAGUACGUCUGAGACAACGUCGGUAGAAUCAUCCACGUCGCUGGCGUCUAGUUCUACCUCCAGUCUUCCUACACCUAAGAAAGACCAAGCGUAUCGGCCGCCUUUACCGAAGUCAUCGUCUAAGAGUAAACAAAAAAUAAAUGUACAGGAAGAAUAUUCCAAACGUCAAGGUGACCUGGACCUGUUGAACCUGGUAGUGAUAGGUCAUGUGGAUGCGGGCAAGAGUACGCUGAUGGGGCACCUGCUGUACCAGCUGGGUUCCGUCCACAGGAAGGUCAUGCAUAAAUAUGAGCAGGAGUCCAAGAAGCUUGGCAAGGGGUCGUUUGCCUUCGCGUGGGUGCUUGACGAGACGGAGGAGGAGAGGACUCGUGGAGUUACCAUGGAUGUGGCCCAGACGAAGUUUCAGACACCGAAGAAAACUGUGACUCUCCUUGACGCUCCAGGCCACAAAGAUUUCAUUCCCAAUAUGAUCACCGGAGCUGCCCAAGCGGAUGUUGCUAUUUUAGUCAUCAACGCCACAAAGGGGGAGUUCGAGACUGGCUUUGAGACCGGGGGUCAAACCCGUGAACAUGCUCUACUAGCCAGAUCACUGGGUGUCACUCAAAUAAUAGUGGCUGUCAACAAGAUGGACACAGUCGAUUGGUCGGAGGAGAGGUAUAAUGAGGUGGUGAAGAAAAUCGGUCAGUUCCUCAAGCAGGCUGGCUUCCGGGAAGGGGACGUGUCGUUUGUGCCGUGCAGUGGUCUUGGCGGUGAGAAUCUCACCCAGACAGUGAAAGAGCCCAAGCUGGCUGCCUGGUACAAGGGGCCGACGCUAUCCGAGCAGAUUGAUAAGUUUAAGUCACUGGAGCGACCAAUAGACAAACCGUUCCGUCUGAAUGUCGGGGACGUGUUCAAAGGGCAGGGCACCGGCUUCAGGAUUUCGGGAAGAAUAGGCUCAGGCUACACCCAGCCGGGUGAUAGAGCAGUCGUCAUGCCCGGCAACAUCACCGCCACCGUCAGAAAUGUGUUUAUAGAUGAGAUGCCAGUUCAGGUGGCAUUUGCUGGUGACCAUGUGACCAUCUUGAUCAGUGGAAUAGACAUAGCCAAUGUAAAUAUAGGGAGUGUGUUGUGCGAUCCUGCCAACCCGGCCAAGUUUUCGACUCGAAUCCGUGCCAAGAUCGUUAUCUUCAGCCUGGAGGUGCCCAUCACACGGGGGUACCCGGUGGUGUUCCACUACCAGUCUGUCAAUGAGCCUGCUGUGAUAAGACGCCUCGUGGCUCAGCUCAACAAGAGUACCGGCGAGGUGGUGAAGAAGAAGCCAAGAUGCCUGGUGAAGAACACCAGUGCAGUGGUGGAAAUCGAACUGGAGAGGAACAUAUGUCUGGAGGAAUACAAAGACUUCAAGGACUUGGGGAGGUUCAUGUUGAGGUCAGGCGGAGCAACCAUCGCUGCUGGCUUGGUGGAGGAGAUUUUGCCUCCAAAGAUGAAAGAAGAUCAGUGAUGAGGUCUUCCAGAUAUUCAUGACUUGGUGCAAUUAUUGGAACUUUUAUGCAAAAUCUGGCUGGAAGGGAAUGUUGAGGAAGCACAUAUCUUGAUUCAAGCAUGAAUUUGUUCAUGAAAUGCGACCAUCAAAACCAACCAUUCAUAAAACCAUGUCAGGUGAUGGAUGAAGAAGACCGCAUGAUGGCAGAGUGGUGAAUGAAUCCGCUCUCCAGUGAGUGUACAAGGACGACUGGAGCUCAGUCGACAGCGUGAGGGGUGAUGGGUACCGAGACAAACACACGUCUGUGUCAUGAUUGUGAUGAAGCAGGAAAACAUGAAUAAUUGAAGCUGCUCAUGUCAGUCAGCGCUGCAUGGAGUGUUCAGUCAGCUCUAGAUGAACCACGGCAAAUACACUGCGUCCUGUCUAAGAUAGAUUGUCAACCCAGAUCUGUAGGGCGUUGUCUACACGGAUCCUGAUAAUCCUAAUUUAAUAUAUUAUCAAUUCUACCAUGAAUAUGGAAAAUACUUGAUUCUCAUUGGUCAAUCAGAGGUUUCAAAUCACAAUAACAAGCUGUGAUUAAAACCGUUGAUUUGACGUCUACAUCACUGCAUAAGCUAAUAUAUAUAUAAUAAAGACAUGUACUUCUUUCCCAAAAUAAAUCUACAGGUAACACAUGUAUCCCACAGUUCUGUUUCCAUAUUUAAUCAGUAUGACAUCAGGUAAUUUUAGCAUAAAAUGUGGAUUACAAAGACAGGCUGGGUACCCCAGAUUUCACUGUGCAAUGAACAACUGAUGUAACAGUUAAGUUCUAAGUCCCUAGGAGUGCUUAUUUCAGUUAUUGCUCUUGUGAGUAGCACAUUCUGUAGAUAUUUGCUUUGUUACAGACAAGUCCAGGGGCUUGUGGCCACAUGAUGUCAGUUGUCACGAGUUUGUAGCUAGUCCUGCGUGAUCGAGACAAAAAGGUUUACAUUAUCUGUCAAUUAUACUGUAAAUCUUGAUAUUAAUGCAAGCGUGAAUUAAAUGCGAAAAAUGCGAGUGGUCUUUGCUCGCAUUAUUAAACAUCGCAUUUAUAUCAACAAUAAGACAUUUUGAAUAGCAGAAAUACCAUCUUAGACAUACACUGAAAACAAACAACUAUGUAUUCCACAUCACUGUUUAUUGAGCAGCACUUGUUACAAGUAUAUAAACAAUGUCAUUCAAACACUAUUUACAUCCUGUGAAUUGUCACUGCUAGGGUCAAGACAAGCCUUUUACUCACUCAUGUCAUCACUGAUCACACCUGCAAGUCCAGACAGACGCCACCAAACACGGUGUCUUUGCUCUUUGUGCGACUGCAUCAAAGGCCGACACGAGCCAACGUGAUGUAUUGUUUUACAGAACUAAUUCAGAAUUAUUACCCUUAUAUGCUACUUGUCAAUGAAAGCUACCAUCACUGGAGUUUUACUUGUCCUCAGGACAAGUUAGGAGUCUCAGGUUUGCGGACUAGCGCACGUUUUGAAGGCUGACAUUUAACAUCUUAAGCAGGUACCUUGCCGUGGGUUAUUUGAGGAGACUGUGUUCAUGUGCACAGGGAUCCAGGUGUGUGAUGUUUUAUACUGUGGAGGCUGUUUUAUUGUUUUGUUAAGGAACUUAUUAUAUUUAUGAUGCUGAAUGUUGAAAUGAAUUCUGAGCAUAUACUGAAGAAUGUAGUUAUGUUAUUGAAAGUUAAAGCAAUUAUUGGAUUAUGCUUGACAGAAGAAAAAUCAUUGAGUGUGAUGAAUGAGACAGUGACUUUCUUCUCAACACCAUGUUUGAAUGUGAAGUGCUCAAAGCAGGACUCACAUCCUGCAGCAGUGUUAAAGCAGGACUCACAUCCUGCAACAGUGUGUUAAACCAGGGCUCACAUGCUGCAGCAUUGUGUUAAACCAGGGCUCACAUCCUGCAGCAUUGUGUUAAACCAGGGCUCACAUCCUGCAGCAGUGUGUUAAACCAGGGCUCACAUCCUGCAACAGUGUGUUAAACCAGGGCUCACAUCCUGCAACAGUGUGUUAAACCAGGGCUCACAUCCUGCAGCAGUGUGUUAAACCAGGGCUCACAUGCUGCAGCAUUGUGUUAAACCAGGGCUCACAUCCUGCAGCAUUGUGUUAAACCAGGGCUCACAUGCUGCAGCAGUGUGUUAAACCAGGGCUCACAUGCUGCAGCAGUGUGUUAAACCAGGGCUCACAUCCUGCAGCAGUGUGUUAUACCAGGGCUCAUAUCCUGCAACUAUGUGUUAAACCAAUCUUGUAGAGGGUGUCCUGUCCGUUUGUGUACAUCAAACCAGGGCUAUGUGUUUCUAUGUUUUAACAUGUCUGACUAUUCCAAAGGAAUAAAGAUUUCCAUGAACUA